CGGUUGAACAUUCUAGAAACAGAAGGGCUUGAGGAAAGAGCUCAGGUUGUUAGUAUCCAUAUAACUAUUAUAUAAUACAAAAUAUUUCACCAUGGACGAAGACGUAGCAGCACUCGUUAUUGAUAAUGGAUCUGGUAUGUGCAAAGCCGGUUUCGCCGGUGAUGAUGCUCCAAGAGCUGUUUUCCCAUCAAUUGUUGGACGACCAAGACAUCAGGGUGUCAUGGUUGGUAUGGGACAGAAAGACAGUUAUGUUGGAGAUGAAGCCCAAUCCAAAAGAGGUAUCCUCACCUUAAAAUACCCCAUUGAACACGGUAUCGUCACCAACUGGGAUGAUAUGGAAAAGAUCUGGCAUCACACUUUCUACAAUGAACUUCGAGUUGCUCCAGAAGAACAUCCCGUCCUUUUAACUGAAGCUCCCCUCAACCCUAAAGCCAACAGAGAAAAGAUGACCCAAAUCAUGUUUGAAACCUUUAAUUCACCAGCUAUGUAUGUUGCUAUCCAAGCUGUAUUAUCCUUGUACGCUUCUGGUCGUACCACUGGUAUUGUACUAGAUUCUGGUGAUGGUGUUUCCCACACGGUUCCAAUCUAUGAAGGUUAUGCCCUUCCACAUGCCAUCAUAAGAUUGGAUUUAGCUGGCCGAGAUUUGACCGAUUACUUGAUGAAAAUUUUGACCGAGAGAGGUUACUCAUUCACUACCACAGCUGAGAGAGAAAUUGUCCGAGAUAUCAAGGAAAAGUUAUGUUAUGUUGCUCUUGAUUUUGAACAAGAAAUGUCAACGGCUGCCUCGUCAUCAUCUUUGGAAAAGAGUUAUGAACUUCCUGAUGGUCAAGUCAUCACUAUUGGUAACGAAAGAUUCCGAUGCCCAGAAGCUGUUUUCCAACCAUCUUUCUUAGGUAUGGAAUCUUCUGGUAUUCAUGAAACAACUUACAAUUCUAUAAUGAAAUGUGAUGUUGAUAUCCGUAAAGACUUGUAUGCCAAUACUGUAUUAUCUGGAGGUUCUACCAUGUAUCCUGGUAUUGCCGACAGAAUGCAGAAAGAAAUCACUGCCUUGGCUCCCCCUACAAUGAAGAUUAAAAUUAUUGCCCCACCAGAGAGGAAAUAUUCCGUAUGGAUUGGUGGUUCCAUCUUGGCUUCUCUCUCGACCUUCCAACAGAUGUGGAUCUCCAAACAAGAAUAUGAUGAAUCCGGUCCAGCUAUCGUCCACAGAAAGUGCUUCUAAACCAUCCCAUUCUCCAGUGCAUGUACUAACAAACAUCCUUGUGAUAAACUUUAUGGGCGGUUGGAUGGUCUAGUGGUUUAACGUGUGCGUAUGAAAUCACAAGGUCUAUCAUUGAGUCAAGUGGCGCCGUUUCGAUUCCUCGCUUGAACGUGACAAGGAGUAGGGUCGCCAGUCUAACCUCGUGGGUUUUUUCCGGGAGCUCCGGUUUCCUCCCACUGUUAACGACCCCUACGCGCAAGCGAAUUAUUGAAAUAAAACUUAACUAUAUGUUAGUUUGUGAAACUAAAUCUGAAGUUACUGAUGAACAAAAACUCUCAAUACGUACCCAAUCUGUUGAAUUAUUAACUUAAUCAUUUUAUUGUUGUUGAAUACGCACCCUUUUUUAACAAAAUUAUUUAAAAAAAUACCUUUUUUUAAACUAA